UUAAACUUCCGGUAGGGUGUGAGCUUGGAUCUAGGAUCAGGGCUUCACAAACGGAUCUAUUUUCUUUUUCUAUUCCUCUUUUGUAAAAGCCUUUUCAGAAAAAUGUCCAAGUCUUUGAAGAAGAUCGUGGAGGAGAGUAGGGAUAAGAACCUGGCAGAGGUGGAGAUGUGUGACAGAGGCAUCACGAACAUGUUGGACGUCCCGGGACUGUUCACCCUUUCCAACAUCACUCAGCUGGUCCUCAGCCACAACAAGCUCACAGCGGUGCCUGCUAACAUCUCUGAGCUGAAGAACCUGGAGGUUCUAAACAUCUUCAACAACCAGAUUGAGGAGCUGCCAACUCAAAUUAGCAGUCUUCAGAAGCUCAAACACCUCAACCUUGGCAUGAACCGUCUGAGCACCUUGCCCAGAGGAUUUGGUUCAUUGCCAGCUCUCGAAGUAUUGGACCUCACCUACAACAAUCUCAACCACAGCUCCCUUCCUGGAAACUUCUUUUACCUCACCACUCUUCGUGCUCUCUAUCUCAGUGACAAUGACUUCGAGGCCCUGCCUGCUGAUAUCGGGAAGCUGACCAAACUGCAAAUAUUGAGUCUGAGGGAUAAUGAUCUGACCUCGUUGCCUAAGGAGAUUGGGGAGUUGGCUCAACUCAAAGAGCUUCACAUCCAGGGCAACAGACUGACUGUCCUGCCCCCUGAGCUUGGUAAUCUGGAUCUGACUGGUCCUAAGCAGGUGUUUAAAGCAGAGAACAAUCCCUGGGUCACACCAAUUGCAGACCAGUUCCAACUGGGUGUCUCCCAUGUUUUCGAAUAUGUUCGCUCAGAGACCUACAAGUAUCUCUACGGCAGACACAUGCAGGCCAACCCAGAACCUCCAAAGAAGAGCAAUGAUAAGAGUAAGAAGAUCAGCCGCAAACCACUGGCUGCGAAGAACAAAUGAAGAGAAGACAGAGAAUGGAGAUGAAUGCUUGCUCAACCAGCUUAACUCACUGCAUGUGCCUUUUUUUCUUAUCUCAUUUUUUAUUAUAAAAAAGCAAUUUGUAUUACAUGGAGAUUUAUUUUAUGUUUCUACAUACUGUACCUUGUGUUAAAUGUCAUUUGGAGUCAUCCAGUCUGAGAUAGAUGUUUUUUUUCUGUUCUUCUAAAGUGUCUUGGUUUUGGAGACACUUACUUAGAUCAAUUGGACAUAAAGGUGCCUACAAGAUCAGAGUUCAAAUUUGUUACAUUAUAAUAUCAUUUUUUAACAUUUCAGAUUGUUUUCAUUGAAAAGACAUUUGCAUUAUGGUGGUGGCCCUGGAAGGCAAACAGAUGUACUGUAUCUUGGAAUUUUGAGGACAUCAGUAUUAAGAAAUUGCGUAAGGCAACACUAUUAAAAAGGUAUUGAUACGAAAGGCAAACACCAGAUAGAGGUGAAGAGCUCACAUAUGUUCAAGAGACAACUUAUGGAAGGGUGAAGGAGUACUGCUUUUUACUUCUCUUUUGUAGUCUACUUUGCCAUUUAAUAAUACAGCCUCUGAGAAUAUUCAGCUGCGUAAUGACGAACCGCUGUGUAACACACAGACACACAAACACACACGCCCUUACUCCCUCUCCUCUCUUUCACUCUCACUUAUUUGCUGUGCAUACAAACAUUAAAGACAGCUGUAGCAUAAUUUAGAAAAUAGCUGUAAGUGACAUGAUCUGGUCACACACUAGUUAGAAUAGUAUUAGGUUGUUUCUAGCAACUGCAACAAAGCUGGGACAAACCCUAGCCGUGACCGGUGGAUACUGCAUUGUCAUAGGACAGUAGUGUUUUAUGAUAAUGCAGGGAGUUUUUCCUUGCCACUGUCGCCAAGUGCUGCUCAUGGGGGAAUGUUGGGUCUAAGUGCAGUGUAGAACUGCUCUAUGUGAAAAGUGCUCUGAGAUAACUUUGUCAUGAUUUGGCUCUAUAUAAAUAAAAAAUACUGACACCUAUAGUGACACCUGCCAUUAACUGUGUUCAUUCCAUUGAUCUCUGAGAGCAGACUCACUUCAAUCAUUCUUGUCUUCUGAUGUUUGACUAACUGUACCUUUAAUUCCACAUUUUAUUCAUUAAGUUAUUUUUACAAGCCUUACAGUGUCCACCUCAUUUCAGCCUUUUGCCAAAAUGAAUAGGGCCACUGCCCCUAAAUGGAGCAGUGUUUUGCUUUUAUCAUGGGCCACAAUGUAUUGACAGUUUGUUGUGUUCUUCUGUUGAAUUGUUAAGGUAAACAUGUGGUACAGCACAAACCAUAAGGAUUGUACAUAUGACUGUGCUAUAAUCAUGUUUGCAUAUAUCUUACUGUUAGUAUUCUCUAUUAUCAUUUUGAACUGUAGAUUUUUUGUUCCUUUUCUUUUUUCCCCUAUGUUUUGCCAGCUGGGUGUAGCACCAACACUAUGGAUGUCUGGAAACAGGGGUUUCUGGGCAUCAGUUCUAAUGCAGAAUGUUUCAUAAAGGCUCAAAAUUGCAUUUUGAAAAACAUGUCUGCAGCUAGUAACUGCCAAAGGCAGACUGUGGUCUGGACUAAUGCACGUGUGUUACAACACCAAUUUUAUCUUAAUGUACAGCAGCUUUGAGAUGUUACUUAAGUGUUCAUCCAAACCAACUCUGUCCUCUGUUAUGACAUAUAUUCCAGUGUCCUGACAAGCAGUCAGACACAUUUUACCAGGCUGUUAGAAAUUCAACAGACAGAAUAGUCUUAGCUUCUGUGGGCUCCAGGUAGAGUAUAUUGGAAGAAAAUCUACCUAUAAAUGCCCAAAGUGAAUUUAGAAGCCCACAACGACACUCUUAUUGUAGUCCUUGUGAUGAAAAAAUAAUUAAUGCAGUGUAGCAGUCAGUAAGUGAUACAGAUUUUAUAGUUUUACCUUACUACUGAUAUCACUCUGAGAAGUUAACAGUUGGUUGAUAUAGCUGCACUGAGCAUCUUUUAACUUAAAGCCUAGUUGCAUUAAACAAUUCAAGGAUACAUUUUCUCUGGUUAUUGCCCACAUUACAGACCCAUUACCUGUUUGUAUGAUUUGAAUCAGGGACAUGCACAGACAUGUCAUACGCCAGUGAUAUUGUAAUAAUGAUGUAAACAUGCUUUCAGAAAAUACAAUUUGUUACAAUUAUAGCUGGCAAGAAUUUUCCAGGUAAACAUUACUAUGAAGCUAUGUGUAGUUAUAUAAGUUCAUAUUAUAUAUAUGCCAGCAAUGCAACUAUAUGCAAAACGAUGCAAUUUUAAUGCCAUUGAUUGGCGUCUUCAUUAUUAUAUUACAUUAUAACUGCUACUAAUCACAUGAGACCAUAACUUAGACACAAUGAAA